AUGGUGGUAAAUUAUUUAACUUUGUAUUUUAAUUUUUUCUUAAAAUUUUUAGGUUGUAAUAAACAUGUUGUUAUUUUUGUAGAAAAUGCAUUUAAAAAACUAGAUUAUUGUCUCAAUUAUUCUUUAUAUUAUUUUGAAGUUAAAUGUAAAUUCAAGGGAGAGUUAGAUAAAGGUAUAACUUGGAUGGAUAUUGGUCUUAAAAAUUGUAGUACAAAUGAAUAUGUUGCAUUUGAUGCAGAGGAAGUUACGAUUUAUACCGAGAAAGAUCAACAAUUUCGUUUUUCAACACAUUCGUGGAAUAAUAAUGAUAUUUUUGGUUGUGGAUUAGUUUAUCCACCAACUAAUAUGAUGAAUGAAUUUCCUUAUGUUUUCUUUACAAAAAAUGGAAAACAAAUUGGUAAGGGUACAUUAUUAAAGCAGAAAUGUGACUCAUAUAAACCAUAUGUUGAUAUGAGCUGUUUUUCUAUUGAAGGAAACUUUGGAAAUAAUUUGGCGACUAAACCAUUUAAAUAUGACAUUUUAAAACAUUUAAUUCUUAAGGAAUUUUAUUAA